AUUGUAUUGCCACAAACAAAACAAUACAUUAUCCUGACUAAUUAAAUCAAACUAACCAUUUAUAUGGUUAUAAGAAAUAGUAAAUUCUACUUUAAUAAAAGGUACCUAACUGUUGUAAAUGACUAGCUGAUUUGAAAUCUGGUUUUAAUAAUAUAACACUUUGUUGCAUUAAGUCAAACUUUGUUUGAGGAAGGAUAAUGAUAAGAGACAGAUAUUUUUACAUUUUUAUUUAGUUUAUCAUGUGCUUCAAUAGAGUGCUGUUGUUUUUGUGUGAAUAGGUUAUAACAUGUCUUUUUCAUAAAAAGUGGGUGUAUAUAGACAUUUUUGAGAUAUGUCAUCAAAUUUUGGGUGGCAGUUCGUAUUAAAUAAUUGCGAAAGCCAGCUCAUAAAAGUAUGAGGAUAUCUACGAAACUAUAUCUAAUAGUAUUUAUGUGUGCAUUUAUUAUAUUAGUACAAUAUCAUAUAUACAACCCGUGGGUGAUACCUUCUCUCAAUAAUGAAGAAAUUCAACGAGAGGAUUUCUCUAGAAAACUACAACAAGUGCCGUGCUAUAACACAGCUACAACUGAUGUAUCGGAUUUGCCUCCUCUGUAUAUCAUUACUCCUACCUAUAGAAGACCUGAACAAAUAGCUGAAUUAACCCGGCUAUCUCACACUCUAAUGUUAGUGCCGAAUCUUACAUGGUUAGUGAUAGAAGAUGCCUACAAAACCAACGAUCUCGUAGAAGAAAUCUUGAAAAAAUCUGGAUUGAAGUAUCAGUAUAUGACUGCGCCUAUGCCUGCUGAAUAUAAAAAUAAAACCAAAGGAGCAAAGCCUAGAGGAGUUUCUAAUAGAAAUAAAGGUAUAGAAUGGAUACGAGAACAUGCUAAAACUGGAGUAUUGUAUUUUGCAGAUGACGACAAUACAUACGAUUUGGAAUUAUUUAGUGACAUAAGAUACACAAAACGAGUAUCAAUGUUUCCAGUGGGAUUAAUUACAAAAGCAGGAGUAAGUUCUCCUAUUGUUAAGCAUGGAGUUUUUGCCGGUUUCUAUGAUGGAUGGAUUGGUGGCAGAAAAUUUGCUGUUGAUAUGGCUGGUUUUGCAGUUUCUGUAGAAUUUCUACUUAAACGCCCUACCGCUAAGAUGCCUUUUAAACCAGGUUUUGAAGAAGAUGGAUUUUUGAAGAGUUUGUCUCCUUUUGAACCUAGAGAUGUUGAGUUACUAGCGUCUAAUUGUACAAAAAUAUUGGUAUGGCACACACAGGCAAAGAAAAAUGAACCGUCGUUGCCUCUAGAUAUGGUUAAACAUAAUAAUACAAACCUCAUAAUGCUCAAAAAAAUUUUAGUCUAGUCUAAGAUUGUUUAAAUUUUAACAUAACGCGCAUGUUAAAAAACUACUUAUGAAAGUGAUCACGCUAUAUAAUGGCGGUUGUUUAAAGUCCAUUCGAAAUGUACAUAGGGCAGAAAAGAAUUUUUUCAUGUUCAAAUAUGUUGAAGUGAAAAGAAGUUUAAUUUUUAUUUAUUUGCGAGUCGAAAAGUUGUCGAAAUAUUGUUCAUAUAAUAUUCAAAAAUUAAAAACCUAAAAUAUAGUAAAUUUACUAUAUUUAUCAAUAGUUUUAACAUCAUGUUCAAUCCUCAAAUUAUAAAUCUGUUUGUUUCCUAAAAUUAAAUUCAUACACUAUUUCAGAUGUAUUACGUAUUUCUUCUUCUACUACGCAAUUUAAGGUGCUUUUUUUGAUACUUUAAAGUUCAUAUUCUGCUUAUUUCUAAAAUAAUUUGUUCUAUAUAUUUUUGUUUCACUACGUUUGCCAUAUGAAAAUUUCUUUGCAGAGUGUAUGAAGAGCUCAUUAUAAUUGUUAAGUAAUGUUUAAAUUGAAGUUAUGAAUUGGAUUGGUUUUGACAGAGCCGCUUUAUGACAUGUUUGUUUAUCCAGUUCUGGUUAGUAUAGUAGAAAAUUUAACAUAUAUUAUUUGGGUUUAUUGAAAAAGAAUAUCCGGGUAACUUUACUCGACUGUUUCCAUAGAACUGCUUGUUAAUGACUCACCAAAUAAUAAUCUACAAGGAUUUUUUGUCUUCACUAUAACCAAAAGUUUUUAUGAAUGUUCGAUAAAGUAUAUCAACAGUUUUUCAAUUGUAUUUGUUUUAGUUUCAUGUCUUUUUCUUGCUAUUUAUUAAUGAAAAUAUUUUUUUAAUGAACGCACUUUAAUUAAGUGUUGAAAGAUAUCAUAGUAACAUGAUUGUGAUAAUCAAUAUGUAUCCCAUUUAAUUAAUUUUAGUUGUCAAGAAUGGGGCUGUGGACGAAUUUUAUACCUACACUAAUUUUAAAAUACAUGCAAUAUACACAAUCAUGUAGAUAUUGAAAUAAAUAUAUUUAUUGCAA